AUGCUCGUAUCAACACCAUCAGUUAAUCCUCAUCAAUUAACUAAUAAUUUGAUACCGCCAAAUAGUUUACAUUCUUUAUUGCCAUCAUCAUCAUAUUCAACAUCAUCAGUGACACCAUCAAAUCCAUGUUUAUGGUCAAUAAAACAAGUUGAAGAAUGGCUUGUAAAGCAUGAUUUAAAUGAUUGUAUUGAUUUAAUUUGCUGUCAACAUCGUAUGAAUGGGCAACGUUUAAUGAAUUUAAACGAAGAUGAUGUUUUACAAUUAAAAGGCACAACGAAAAAUAAUGAAUUAUGGUUACAAAUUAAAAUAUUACAGCAAUUCUAUUCGAGUAAUUACCAUCUAUGGACACAACGACAAGCCAUACUGCAACAACAACAGCAAUCUCUACCAACGACAGUAUCACCUUAUCUAGCUUCAGGAUCAUUACAAUCACCAAUACCACUUCGACCUUUGUCAUCAUUCACACAAAUUCGGCCAGCACCAGUUCCUUUAACAUUUUCAACAUCAUCAAGUUUACCAACACAAUUACCGUCAUCGUCAUCAUCGUUUUCACCAUAUACUACAAUACAAAUAAAUCAAAGUCAGCAACAAGAACAAACACAGACAAAUCCUUCUAUUUCAUCAUCCAUAAAUCAAGCAGAAACAACAGAAACGCCAACAACAUUAAUUCUUGAACGUUCACCUGCAACAGUAACUCGUACAAAAAAUGAUCAUCAACGAAGAUCAGGUCGCAGUCUAUCAUCGAGUACAUCUAUUAAUCUUCUUCCAGCAUCAUCGACACCUCAACGUACAACAAAUACAUCAUCAAGUUCACAUAACACACCGGCAGAUCAAAUCGAAGAUCAACCAAUUACUGAUUGUUGUUUUGUUAGUUCAAUACGUUCCGAUAGGAAAAAGACUUUAUCGGCGUUUCUUCUUGCUUUUUGUACAUUGUAUUUUUGUUCGUUUAUGAUAACCAUUGUUGAUGAACGCUUACCAGAUCCAAGAUAUUUUCCACCAUUACCGGAUCUUGUACUUGAUAAUGUUAAACAAAUUCCAUGGGCAUUCGCUGUUACGGAAAAAAUUAUUCUCAUUGAAAUGUUUACACUCAUAUCAAUUAUUAUCCUUCAUCGACAUAGACUAAUUAUAAUGCGCCGAUUAUUUGCAAUAGCGGCAGCACUUUAUUUUCUUCGAAGUCUUACACUGGUGUUUACAUCGUUACCUGUUGCUACGCGUAUAACGGAUUGUCGACCAGAGAAAUUCAUUAGUUUUAUUGCUCGUUUAAAAAAAGCAAGUUUAAUAUUUCUUGGCCAGGGAUUAUCAUCAUUUGGUGUUAAAACUUGCGGUGAUUAUUUAUACAGUGGUCAUACAUGUACACUAGUACUUGCUACACAUUUUAUCAAUGAAUAUUCACCACGUUCGUAUCAUCUGCUACACUUUCUCAGUUGGAUUAUGGCAUUAACUGGCAUGUUUUUCAUCUUAGCCGGUCAUCAGCAUUAUUCUAUUGACAUUCUUGUUGCAUGGGUACUUAGCUCUCGUCUAUUCAUUUAUUAUCAUACUCUUGCUAACAAUCGAACAUAUUUCCAACGAGAUAAACAACGAAUGAGGAUAUGGUUUCCAUUUUUUUCUUAUUUUGAAGAGAAUGUUAAAAAAGCUUUACCCAAUGAAUAUUGUAUGCCAAGUAUCAUCUAUGGAAUACUUAUUACGCUCAACAGUUGGUUUGAUAAAGUUCGAUAUCCGACCGAUUGA